AUGCUGAAUGAUAUGAAUGAUAAAAAAGAUGGUAUGAGAAACAGAAAUCAUAAAAAAAACAAGAAAGAUGAAGAAAGAAAUAUAAGAAGACAUUCAAAUGAUAACAAUAAAAUUGUAAACAAUAUGAAAGACAACAACAAUAAUAAUAAUAAUAAUAAUAAUAAAAGUGUUAUACAUAGUGGUAAUAAUUUAAAAAAGGUUGAAGAGAAAAAAGUAUUUGAAAGAAAUAAAUUUGGUCAGUUUAUAAAAAAAUCGAUAUCUCCAUCUUUAAAAGACAGCAAUAUAAAAAGUAAUAAUAAUAAAAAUAUGAAAACUAAUAGUAAUACUAAUGAGGUGAAUAAUAAUAAUAAUAAUAAUAAUAAUAACAACAAUAAUAAUAAUAAUAAUAAUAAUAAUAAUAAUAACAACAACAAUAAUAAUAAUAACACCUUAAGUAAUAAAGAAAAAAUAAAAGUUCUUAUUGAUAAAAUUAAAAAAAUACAAAAUAAAAAAGAAGUUAAUAAAACGUUAGAUAAACCUAUGUAUAUGAGAAAUUUUCAGGAUGAAAAAAAAGUUUCUAAUAGUAAUAAUGCUAAUAAAAUAAAAAGAAAUGGAGAUCCAAGAAAUUUAGGAGAUAUAAAAAGUAAUGAUAAUAUAAAAAGUAAUGAUAAUCUAAAAAAUAGUGAUAAUAUAAAAAGUAAUAAUAAUAUAAAAAGUAAUGAUACUCUAAAAAAUAGUGAUAAUAUAAAAAAUAGUGACAAUCAAAAAAAUAGUGAUAAACAAAAAAAUAGUGAUAAUCAAAAAAAUAGUGAUAAUAUAAAAAAUAGUGAUAAUCAAAAAAAUAGUGAUAACCUAAAAAAUAGUGAUAACCUAAAAAAUAGUGAUAGUCAAAAAAAUAGUGAUAAUCUAAAAAAUAGUGAUAAUCUAAAAAAUAGUGAUAAUCUAAAAAAUAGUGAUAAUCUAAAAAAUAGUGAUAAUCUAAAAAAUAGUGAUAAUCUAAAAAAUAGUGAUAAUCUAAAAAAUAGUGAUAAUCUAAAAAAUAGUGAUAAUCAAAUAAAUAAUGAUAAUCAAAAAAAUAGUGAUAAUCAAAAAAAUAGUGAUAAUCUAAAAAAUAAUAGGGAACCCAUAUGUAAUGAGGAAAAUGAAACUAGUGAAAACGUCAAUAGUAAAGAGAAGGUUAUAAAUAAUAGAGACUGUAAAAAUAACGAUAAGAUUAAAAUUAAUAGAGAAGUAAACAGUAGUAGAGAAAAUAGAAGGAAUGAUGAUACUAAUAUAAGUGGUGAUCAUAAAAAUAAUAUUGAUCAUAAAGGUAGUAAUAAUAAUGUAUCAAGAAAUAAUAAUACAUCUAAAAAUAAUAAUACACCCAAAAAUAAUAAUACACCCAAAAAUAAUAAUACAAUCAAAAAUAAUAAUACAUCUAAAAAUAAUAAUACAAUCAAAAAUAAUAAUGCUACUAAAAGUAUGAGCGACUCCAUAAAUAGUGAUAUCAUAAGUAAAUCCGAUUGCAUCAAUAAGGUUGAUGAAAAUAAAUCACAUAAUGAUGAUGAGAGUAGUAAGAAGGAAGAUGAAGAGGAUACUAAUAAAAUUGAAGAUGAUAAUUUAAUAAAUAAAGAUGAAAAGAGAGGAGAAAAUAUGAGUGUAGCUAAGGAAGAUAAUGAGACUUAUUAUAGAAGUAGUAGAAGAGAGAGGUGUCGUAAUUUGAAGAAAGAAGAUAAUUUAAAAAAUAUAAAUGAUGAAGAUAAUAAUGUAAGUCCUUUUAUAAAAGAAGGAAGGAAAAGGAGUGUAAGAGAUAGAAGUAAUUUAAGAAAUUUUAAUUAUAUAAAUGUAAAUAAUAAUAUAAAGGAUGACGAUUUUGGUGAUGAUAAUAAAAAUAGUAGUGUAAUAAAAAUGAAUGAAAGAAAAAAGACGAUUCUAAGAACACGUGUAAGACAUAGAAGAAGAAGUCAAAGGAAAAGAGGAAGGAGAAGUUCAAAUUUAAGAAAUAAUAGAAAUAAUAUAAAUUCUGUUACUAAAAGUAAUUAUGAUAUGUCUGAAGGAGAAAAUUAUGAAAAAGGUAGAAAAUUUUUUUAUGAUAAUAAUAGUAAUUAUAAUGAAUUAGAUCCAUUAAAUAGUAAAUUCUCGAAUAUAAAAAUUUCAAAGAAUUUUUUUCUUAAAAUGAAUGAUGAUGAAGAUGAAGAAGAAGAUGAUGAUAAGACUAGUAGUAAGAACAGUUCAUAUUCUUUGGGAUUAAACGAAAGAAAUAUGGAAAAGAAGAUAAUCAUAUUAGAGGAAAAGGAUGGAAUAUAUGAGAUAAAUGAGAAUUAUUUAGGAUAUGACAAUAAUAAAAAUAUUGAUCCCAAUAUGAUAUAUAAUGAUGAUAAUAAUAAAAAUAUUGAUCAGAGUAUGAUACAUAAUGAUGAUAAUAAUAAAAAUAUUGAUCAGAGUAUGAUACAUAAUGAUGAUAAUAAUAAAAGUAUUAAUCAUAAUAUGCUACAUAAUGAUGAUAAUAAUAAAAAUAUGGAUGAGGAUCAUAUAAAGAAGAGUCAGAAUAUGAAUGACGAUUGUAACAGUUUUAAAUGUAAUGAUGAUAAUUAUUGCGAAUUAAAUAAUAAGACAAAACAAAAUGAUAAGAAAAUUAAUAUUGAUCAUAAUAAUAUGAAUGAUGUUAAAAAUAUAUAUAAUAUAUAUAAUAUAGAUAAUAAACUAUGUAAAAUAAAAAAGAGAGUAUUAAACAAUGAAGAGAUAUUAAUAUUAUUAAAUUUAUUAAGAGAUAUUAAUAUAAAUCGAUUUACUUUGAAACAUGUUAUGACAAGUAAAGAUUGUAUGUAUGAAAAAUUUAUGUUAUAUAAUUUAUUUUCAUAUAAUAUAACAUGUUUAAAAAGUCCUUUAAAACUGAUGUAUGCAUAUUGUUUGUUUAAGAAUUUAAAAUUAUUUUAUCAGAUACAAUAUAAAAAUAUGAAUAUGACAGAAAAAUCUAUUCCAAAUUAUAAAAUAAAAAAUAAUUUAUUAGAUACACAUUGUAUUAUAUUAAGUAUGUUUGAUAAUUAUUAUCAAAAUGUAAGUAAACAAAAAAUAUCUAUAACUGAUUUUAUUAAUUCAUUUUAUUUAAAUAUACAUAAUAUAAAUAUUGGUAAAAAAAAAGUACCACCAAAUAAAAAUUAUGAAAAUAUUGUAUUACCAGAAAAAGAUAAUAGAAAAAUAACAUCAAUGUAUACAAAUAGACCUAUUCUAUAUUCUAAUUAUAUAAAUAAAGAAACUGAUAUGAAUAUAGAAAAACAAUCUAAUAAACUUAAUGAUAUUAACAUGGAAAAUUAUCAUACUGUUAAUAAAAAUAAUAAAUCUAUAAGUAAUAAUUCUAUAAAUAAUAAAUCUAUAAAUAAUAAAUCUAUAAAUAAUAAAUCUAUAAAUAAUAACAAUUAUCAUAGUCACUACAACUUAAAUGAUAAUAAAUACAAUAGUGUAUGUAAAAACAAAUUAACAUCACAUAUAAAUGAUAUAUCUCAAGUUCAAAAUUAUAAGCAAAAUGAUAAUUCUGAUAAUAUAAAUAAAGAUGUAUAUAGAAAUAUAUAUAAAGAACAAAAUUUAUAUCAUUUACAUAAUUAUAAUGAUAUGAGUAAAGGAUCUAAUGAUCAUAACGUUAAAACGAUUGAUAUGCAAAAUAAUAGAAAAGAAAAUGAUUUAAAAAAUUCUAUAUAUCAAGAUAAUAAAAUGUAUCUUCUGAGCAAUGAAAAAACACCAUGUUUUAAAGAUAUAGAUAUAAAUAAGAAUUAUGAAAAUACAUAUGGUAAUUAUGAUGAUAUAAAUAGAUACAACAACAAUAAUAAUAUUAAUACGGAUGAGGGUAAAAAUGAAAAGGAUAUCUAUUUAAAUAAUGAUAAUAGAAAAAGGAAAUAUUUUACAAAUAAAAAUAUAUUAGAAUAUGAAAAUAAAAAGAAAAAAAUGUCAUAUACAAUAAAUAUGAAUAAAAAUUAUGAUAAUGAAUCUGUAAAUAAUAAAAGUCAUAUGAUGUUGUGGAAAUAUAAAGAAUUAGAAAAUAUUAAAAAUAUGAUAAACAAUGAAAAAGAUGAGGAAGACUGUACUCCAUUAGCACAUACUAUAAAAAUUACAGAAAAUUGUAAUAAUAUAAAUAUGGAUGAAUACAAUGAAAGAAAUAAAAAUGAAGAAUAUAAUGAUGAUAUGAGGAAUUAUAAAGUGUUAAGAGGUGCUAAUUUUGAGUGUUAUGAUGUCAAUGAAUCUGUACAUAUUCAGGAUGUUAAUGAUAAAAGGGAAGAAAAGAAAAUCGGGGCAUCGUUAGAUAUUAAGAAUGAUGAAAAUGAUGAUGUAAAUCAAAAUGAUGAUGUAAAUCAAAAUGAUGAUGUGAAUGAAAAUAAUGAUGUGAAUGAAAAUAAUGAUGCGAAUAAAAAUAAUGAUGUGAAUAAAAAUGAUGAUGUAAAUCAAAAUGAUGAUUUAAAUAAAAAAAAUAAUAUAAAUCAAAAUAAUGAUGAUAAUAAUUAUAUCAUAGAGAAAGGUGAAAAUUAUGAAGAAAAAGAAAAUAUAGAAAAUAUACAAUAUGAUAAAAAUGAUUCAAAUAAUGAUAUACAAUAUAAUAUGCCUUUCAAAGAUAAAUCCUUAUUAUUAUUUGAUCAGAAGAAUAUGAAUAAUGAGAAUAAAAAAGAAAAUAAUCCAAUUAAAAUGGAAGAUAUAAAUUUUUCAGUGGAUAUGGAAUAUUCUCCAAUGUUAAGAAAUAGAAGAAUAAAUUAUGAUAAUAAAAAUAAUGAUAUAUAUGAUAAAAAUAAUAUCUAUAACAAUAAUGUUGAUAGUUGUAUUAAGAAUGAUGAGUAUCUUCAUAGUAGUGACAAUAAUAUUAGUGUGAAUAAAUAUAACAGUGUGAGUAAACGAAGGAGACGAGUAGAUAGAAAUAAAGAGAGCAAUGAAAAAGAGAAACGAGUUUAUAGAAAUGAUAUAAUGGAACUUCAAAAUGUGGAUGUGAUGCUACUUGAACGUAUAAAAAAUAAUUAUAAGAUGUUAAUUGAAAAUGAUAAUGAGAAUAAAAAAAAAAAAAAAAAAAAUACUUCAACUGUAACAUUAAUGGGAGAUGAAGAUGACACAUAUGAUAAUAAUAAUGAAAACAACAAUAAUAAUAAUAAUGAUAAUAAUAAUGAGAAUAAUAAUAAUGUGAACAACAAUAAUAAUAAUAAUAAUGAUGAGAGUCAUAACAAUAAUAUUAGUAAUAAUAAUAUGAUCCAAAGGACUAAUGCAAAAAUAGAAAAGUGCCGAAAAAACAAAAUAACAUAUUUCAAUAAAUAUAGUAAAUUAUUAAAUAAUGAAGAUAAGAAAAAGAAAAAAAAUAUGCUAACUACCGAAUGUUUAUAUAAUAAUAAUUUUAAUAUAUUAGAUAUAAAAGUGAAUACACAUUUUGCUCAUAAUUAUCAUAUUUCUUUAUUUUUUUUUUGUAAAUAUACAUCAUAUAAUUUAUAUUUACAUCCAUUAAAUAAGAAUGAACAUAUAGUAUCUUAUGUUAUUUUAAAUUCUAAGAAUGAAGUAUUGACAGAUAAUGGAAAUUCAUUUGUAUUAAGAUAUUUAUUAUCUUUCUUAACAAAUAAAAUCUCUAGUUUAAAAAAAUGUUAUGCAAAUGCUUUAUAUAAUUCUUAUUUAUUACAAAUACCUAUACGUAUAUUUAGACAUCAUAAUCUAGAAAAUAAAUAUAGUCCAAAUUAUGGUAUUAGAUAUGAUGGUAUAUAUAAAAUCAUUAAUGCUUUUACUAUUAAUGAUUAUUCUACUCCUGAAUAUAAAAGAGAUAUAUUAUAUGUUUUUAAAAGAUUAUAUGUUGACAAAUGCUUUAUAUCAAAUAUUAAUCAUAAAAUUCUUGAUGAUCAAGCUGAAAGGAAAAAAAAAUUUAUAGAAAAAAAUUCAGUUUCUAUUAAUGUUAUCAUGAAUAAAGAAAUUAUUAUGACAUUAAGAAUACCUUAUUUAAAAAAUUAUAAAUCCACUACCUUUACAAAUUUUAAUCAUAUAUAUAAAUUUAUAAGGAAAAAAUGUAUUGAAAAGAAGUUAGCUACUUCAUGGGUAGAAUCUGAGAUGAGUACAUAUGAGGCUUGUAUGCAGCAUAUUAGAUCUAAAGAAAGAGAAAAAGAAAAAAAUAAUAAUUCUAUAAAUAUCGAAAAAAUGAAUAAUAUCAAAAAUGAUGAGAAUAAUAUAAAAGAUGUAUAUAAUGAAAGGAUAAGUUCUAGUGAUGAUGCAUUUAAAGAUUGUAUACAAGCGAUAAAUAUUGAUAAUCAUAUGGAUCAAGAUGUUGACGAUGGAUUUGUUAUAAAUGAGGGUAAUAAUAAAAUAAAAGAUAUGAAAAAUAAAAAUUGUAAUGUUAAUGAGAAUAUAUAUGUGCAUACUAAUAAAAAUAAUAUGAAUAAUAAAAAUAAUAUGAAUAAUAAAAAUAAUAUGAAUAAUAAAAAUAAUAUGAAUAGUAAUAAUUAUAUUAAUUAUAUGAAUUGCAAUUCAUCGGAAGAACGUCAAUAUCCUUAUUGGUGUCUUGGAAAAUAUUUACCUUUUGUUUUAAUUCUAGAAACAUUAAACUUUGAAAAAGAAAUUGAUAUAUAUAAAGGUAUGAGAACAAAAAAUUUAAAGAAUCUAAAAAUAUCUAUAAUAAAAACAGAAAUACCAAUAAAUUGUGAAAUGGCUAAAAGACCAGCACAUUUAUUUAUACCUAUAAAAAGUAAAGAAGCAAUAUCUGCAUAUAUAGAAUUAAAAAAACCAUAUGAUAAUAAUUGGAAUCCAUAUGAAGAUUUAUCAGGUGGUAAAGAGAUAUUUAAGAUACCUGUUGAAAAUGUAGUAGAUGAAUCAUUACCUCCUAUGAAUUUUACAUAUGUAAAUAAAACUAUAUUUUUUUCAAGAUUACCUCCAUAUAAUUUAUUACCUUUAUGUUCUGGUUGUGCUCCUCAUAAUUAUAAUAAAAAGGAAUAUGUGGAUCUUUAUAUAAAUGGAUAUUGUAAAGGUAUAAGACAUAAAAAAACAAAUAGGAUAUAUUGUGAUGGAAAUAAAAAUUAUGAUAUUAAUGAUUUCAAUGUAUUAGCUGCAUGUUCAGGUAAUUGUUUAUGUGAUCCUUUAAAAUGUACAAAUAAAUUUCCAGAAGGUUUACAUUAUCCUAUAAAAGUUGUAAAGACAAAAGAUAUUGGUUGGGAUAUUGUUUCCUGUUCAUUUAUAAAAGCUAAUUCAUUAAUUAUGCAUUAUGUAGGAGAAAUUACUACAAGAAAAGAAAUGAUAUCUAGAGAACAUGAAUAUGAUAAAAAAGGUUAUUUUAAUUAUUUUAUUGAAACUGCAGAAGUAGAUGAAACAUAUCCAGAUGAUUGGAAAAUUCCAUGUAUUGAUGCUCUAUUUAUAUCUAAUGUUGCUAGAUUCUUAAAUCAUUCAUGUGAACCCAAUGUAAAUGUUAUAACUAUAUGGAGAGGUGAUAAUUAUCCAUCAGUUGGAAUAUUUGCUUCAAGAGAUAUACAACCUAAUGAACCUUUAAAAUAUCACUAUGGAAUCAAUUAUAAAAAUAUUAAGUGUAUGUGUGCAUCUAAAAAGUGUAAGGGUUACAUAGGUUAA